AUGACCCAGUAUCCCGACCCAUUCAGCCAGGCUGCAAAGCUUGAUUCACGGAUCAUUGCUCGUCCACCGUAUGACCCUGAACUCGCCAAGUUGCUCGAUGCUACUACAAUUCCCGUGGAGUUCGACCUUGAUCUGAUGCGUGGGGUCUCAAAAGACGAGUAUCAAUGUCCGCAUGGUGAGACGCAGGAGACGGAAUUCAGUGCCAAUACGAUUCUCAAAGAUAAACCAUUUCUUGUCCAUGAGGAGUAUUCAGUUCCUGGUCCAGACAACACUACACUCGUCCUAUCUGUUUUCACGCCAAAGAAGCCCGCGAGUACUCAAAGGCCCGUUUUGUACCAUAUGCAUGGAGGUGGACUUGUCAGUGGAGAUAGGUUCACUGCCCUCACACCCAUCAUCGAUCUCUUGGAGGGCAUUGACUGCGUGGUGGCGUCUAUUGAGUAUCGCUUGUCACCCGAGAUUCCUCAACCCGGCCCCAGCGAAGAUUGCUAUGCUGGGCUUAUUGUGCUCUUCGGUAUCUCCGGUGGGGGCAUAGUGGCCACGGCGGUAUGUCUCAUGGCUCGAGACCGAAAGAUUCCUUGCGUCCCAAUCAAAGGUCUGAUGUUGUAUGCGCCUCAACUCGACGACCGGUGCGAAACCUUGUCAGAUCAACAAUACGAAUAUGGUAACCCAACCAGCACACCAUGGGUGCGCGCGUGUUGGGAUCUUGCACUCCCCAACAUUCGUGGCACCGACAAAGUUACGCCUUACCAUGCCCCAGCCCGCGCCGAGGACUACUCCAAUAUGCCCCCGACCUACGUCACGCUGGCAGUACAAUUUGCGACCAAUAUGUGGCGUGGUGGAUCUACCUGUGAGCUGCACAUCUGGCCUGGAGCGUAUCAUGUCUUCGAAUUGAUUAACAACCCGGACCACUUGCUCAUUCAGGCAUCGAAGGCGGCGAAAGACAAUUGGUUCAAGAGGAUGAUGACUACGCGAAUCGAGUAG